ACGGUGGUGGUCAUUCCUCUUCAUCCUCCCAUGCUUCCACUUCCAAAAGCAGUGACAAUGGCCAUGGAAAGUCAGCCAACUCUCACACCAAGAACGCUCCUUCAGGCGGGAGAUCCGCUGCUUCUUCCGACUCUGGUUUCAAAGGUGGAAACAACAACAACAACAAUGGAGGAGUCUUCACUCCUUAUGAAGCACUACCGAGUUUCAAAGACGUACCCAACACCGAAAAGCAAAACCUCUUCAUAAAGAAGCUGAACCUGUGCCGUGUAGUGUUCGACUUCACAGACCCUACAAAGAACAUCAAGGAGAAAGAUAUCAAGAGGCAGACAUUGCUUGAGCUUGUGGACUACGUGAACUCCGCUAACGGCAAGUUCAGCGAAGUGAGUAUUCAAGAAGUCGUACGCAUGGUCUCUGCCAACAUAUUCAGAACGCUAAACCCUCAGCCACGCGAGAACAAAGUCAUCGACGCCUUAGACCUGGAGGAGGAAGAGCCUUCCAUGGAUCUCGCCUGGCCUCACUUGCAGCUUGUCUACGAGCUUUUCUUGAGGUUUGUUGCUUCCCCUGACACCGACACCAAGCUGGCUAAAAGAUACAUAGACCAAUCCUUCGUCCUGCGGUUACUAGACUUAUUCGACUCCGAGGAUCCUAGAGAGAGAGACUGUCUCAAAACCAUCCUCCACCGGAUCUACGGUAAAUUCAUGGUGCACCGUCCUUUCAUCAGAAAGUCCAUAAACAACAUCUUCUACCGGUUUGUAUUCGAGACGGAGAAACACAACGGGAUCGCUGAGUUUCUCGAGAUCUUGGGGAGCAUCAUCAACGGGUUUGCUCUUCCUUUGAAAGACGAGCACAAAGUGUUUCUAGUCCGUGUUUUGAUACCUCUCCACAAACCGAAGUGCUUGCAGAUGUAUCACCAGCAGCUGUCUUAUUGUAUCACGCAGUUUGUGGAAAAGGAUUGCAAACUCGCUGAUACGGUUAUAAGAGGGUUGCUGAAGUACUGGCCAGUGACGAACAGUUCUAAAGAAGUCAUGUUUCUCAAUGAGUUGGAGGAAGUCCUCGAAGCAACGCAGCCACCAGAGUUCCAACGGUGUAUGGUGCCACUGUUUCGCCAGAUAGCUCGAUGCUUGAACAGUCUGCAUUUUCAGGUUGCAGAGAGAGCUUUAUUCUUAUGGAACAACAAUCACAUAGAGAAUCUGAUAAUGCAGAGCCGCAAAGUCAUUCUUCCAAUUAUAUUCCCUGCGCUGGAGAGAAACGCGGAGAAGCAUUGGAACCAAGCUGUUCAUAGCUUGACACUAAACGUCCGGAAGAUAUUUAGCGACCUUGACCCUGAGCUGUUCAAGGAAUGCCUUGCUAAGUUCAAAGAAGAUGAAUCAAAGGAAGGUGAAACCAAGGCAAAACGCGAAGCCACUUGGAAACGUUUGGAAGAAGUUGGGAUGAGAAAGGCUUCAUGAGGUUAGAAGAAUUGUAAAGAAGAAGAAAAAGAGAGAGCCUUUCGUGUCUUAUCCACUGGAGUGUGAGUAUGUUCUUCAGAUACUUCUGAUAUCAAAUUCAGGAGAAGCAUUGAAGAAAAGUGGCCUCUUCUUGAAAGUCAAUAUGUAAGAUUGUCCCCGUUUAGAUUUCUUCUUUGAAGCUUGUUAAUGUCUUUUUCUUCUUCUUUUGCUAUAUUUGUCCCAUCUCUGUUACUCUUUCCUGAGACUGUCUCUGAUUCAUUUUCAUCUUCUCCUGAUGAUGAUAUCUGCAAAAUUGCAGCUUUAGGAGUUUGCCACAAGAAUCAGUUUGUUGUUUGUAUUAAAUACUUUACUCUCCCUUUCACUUGUAUAUUUUUUUAUUUAAAAAGCAGUCUUUGGUUUCA